AUGGCUACGGCAGGUAAAGACGUAGUGUGCCGCGUUGGCAUAAAGGUUCCGCCAUUUUGGCCAAAUGAACCUGCACUUUGGUUUUCGCAACUGGAGGGUCAAUUUGCGUUGGCAAACAUUACCGCGGAUGCAACAAAAUUCUACCACGUCACCGCGAAUUUGGACUAUAAAUACAUUUGUGAGGUGAAAGAUGUGGUUUCCAAACCACCGUCGGAAGGGAAAUAUGAAAAAAUUAAAACUGAGUUAAUAUCGCGCCUAUCGACUUCACAGCAACAACGGGUUAGACAAUUACUGACGCACGAGGAAUUGGGCGACCGAAAACCUUCCCAAUUUUUACGGCACCUUCAAAGCCUGGCGGGUGAAGACGUACCAGAACAAUUCAUACGGUCCAUCUGGGUGAGCAGGUUACCCGACCAUGUUCAGGCAAUUAUGGCUACUCAAGGUGACCUACCUCUGGAAUCUAUAGCCCGAAUUGUUGAUAAAAUUUAUGAGAUCGCCCCGCAGCUGGAUAGGCAAGUUGCCGCGACGUCUCAGGCAGGUACACCGACUUCGAGUAUAGAUUUGCUAACCCGGCGCAUUGACGACCUAUCGCGUCAGGUAGCGGCGUUGUCAACAACAUCAAGUUCGCGCUCGAGAUAUCGAGGGCACUCACCACGUUGGCGACAUCGGUCUCGGAGCCGCUCUAAUGCUGGCCCGGGGCAUUGUUGGUUUCAUCGACGUUUUGGCAGUAAGGCGACGAAGUGUCGCGCACCCUGUUCGUUUCCGCCGGGAAACGAGCGGCGCAGUCAGUGA